GUUGGUUAUAUUCUAGUAGGUGCAUGUGAACUCGUGAUGUAGACUAAGAAACUGCGACUCACCCUUAAUUGAACUAAUUCGUCGCAUCAUUUAUUUAAAGAGCGGAACGUUUUUGAUUUGGGAAUAAAUUAUUGGUACUGAUUUGAGUUGGACAAUAGCCUAAUCCAACAGAAUAAGCAGUGUACAGAAUUCUAGUGAGAAUCUCCUACUUGUUUUUAAACGGAAAUAUUAGGUAGGCUAAAUUUAGAAUAUGAAAUAAAAACAAAUUAUUUUUCAAGGGAAGCGCAAGCUACUGAAAAAUUAGCUGUAACGCAAAAUAGGAUUAAAAGACAAACGGACAGCACUGGAAGAGUGGUGACCUUGCUUGAGCGUGAUGUUUGGGAUGAUAAAGAACACGAUUUUCGGGAACACCGAAGAAACGGAGUACAAAAUUCUGAGCAGCGAGACUAAGGAUGGGGUCAACUACGAGGUGCGUAGGUAUGAUGGCGCAAAGUAUGCCUCAGUGGCCUCGGAGGGGAGGAGCUUCGACCAGGUGACGGGGGAACUAGUGAGGAAGCUGCUCAUGUACAUUGGGGGGAGCAACGACCAAGGUGAGGCAAUGGGGACAACAUCACCCGUUAUCAUCACAGUGUAUCCCAGGGACGAUGGUGUGAUGUCACGCCGCCUGGUAGUUAGCCUCAGGAUUCCCACCAACUACCAAGUCUGUGCCCCAGUGCCCAAUGACAGUGCCAUCAAGAUCGAAGAUCGACCCGGCAUGACUGUCUACUCGCUGCAGUUUGGAGGCUUUGCAGGGGAGACUGAGUUCCGAGCAGAGGCCUCUCGCUUGGCCAAGACCCUGGGUGAGACUGCCCCUUUUCAGCACAAACAGUACUUCUGCUGCACCUACGAUCCACCCAUGAAACCCUACGGCCGACGCAACGAGGUCUGGUUCCUACAAGAGGAGCCAUGAAGGAAUCAUUAAUAAGGAUUAGCCAUGUCUGAAUACUCACACUUCGGUUCUAAAUAGUAGACAUUUCGGGUUAUGAGAAAAGACACAAUUUCUAAAGCAUGUUAUGUGAAAACGGAUUUGACUAUGCUUCGAAAAUCUGUAUAACAAACUAAUUUGGGAUAUAUAACGGAGCCUCAACUUGCUGUUUAGUGACAGUAGAAUACACAAGAAGCAAUUUGAAAUGUGGUUACGCAUCAGAUUAUGAAUUUCAAUUUUAGAUUGGUAAAUACGCUUAUAGCAACCAAGCCAAGCUAAACGUGUAGUGAUCAUUGUCCUUGUACAGACCAGUGAGGCUCCCUAUAUAGUUUUUAUGAUAUCAUAAAUAUUACAAGUAUUUCUCUCCACCUUAAAUCAAAAUGUUUAUAGUUUCAUAAACAUUCCUUUGAAAAUUAUUUUCCCCUCCUGUCCAAUGGGAGAAUGUGUAAAAUUGCAGCAAAUGUCCCUAAAACUAAAUAUUUUCUAUCUCUGCUGCCAAUGUUCAAAUAUGUUUUGUUUGCAAGGUGGGACAGAGUAAAAGGUAGAGUACAGAGUAAAAGGUAGAGUACAGAGUAAAAGGUAGAGUACAGAGUAAAAGGUAGAGUACAGAGUAAAAGGUAGAGUACAGAGUAAAAGGUAGAGUACAGAGUAAAAGGUAGAGUACAGAGUAAAAGGUAGAGUACAGAGUAAAAGGUAGAGUACAGAGUAAAAGGUAGAGUACAGAGUAAAAGGUAGAGUACAGAGUAAUUGGUAGAGUACAGAGUAAUAGGUAGGUGCCACUUACCAAAAACAACUUCUGGGUGUAAUGACAAGUACACUGACAUCAUGCUAGUGAAAAAAAUAAAUAAUAAUAACUUGGUGGUAAACAUACCACUGUAAACAACUAACAGUCUAUAAUUCAGUGGUUCAGUUUUCAGUACGUAAUUUUGUCAAAUAGUUUCCAUUGGUAUAAAUUGGUUCAUAGGGAGGUUAUAAAGGGACUUAUAUUGUAUUAAAGCCAUUUCUUAAGUGUUAUAAUAAGAGAUGCCUAAUCCUUUUGUGGUGAUGACAUGAAAAGUUGAAGACAGUUGUUAUGUCUUGGUGUGCUUGUAUUUGUAGUCUGACUUUAAUGUUAUUUAUUAUGAUUCUUGAAAUUGUAUUUUGAAAUACAGUGCAUUCCAUAAGUAUUGUACAGGGUAUAGGUACAGUGAAGCAAGUUGUUUUGGCUAUACUCCAGCACAUUGGAUUUGAAAUUAACCAACAACUAACAGAGUAAAGAGCAGACUGUCAGCUUUAAUUUGAUCAUAAUUACAUCCGUAAACCGUGAACCAUUUAGGUAUUACAGCCCUAUAUAUACAUAGUCACUCCAUUUUAGGGGACCAUAGGUGAUUGGACAAAUUAUGGGGGAAUAACAGAAACAAUGUAUUUACAACUCUAGAUAGACUAGUAGCUAGUAAUAUAGUAACUGUAUAGCUACAAAGUUUGAUUUACAUUUCCUGUUCUCAUCAUACAUGGUGCAUGAUUGUAACCGAGCAAGUAAACACUUUUGUAUCUGACUAGGCUAGUGGCACAGGACAGACAGAUAGCUUCCUACGAUUAGUCUUCCUGAAAUGUCUAUAUAACCGCUAGCUAGUCUGCCGUUCUUGGUAAUGGUAGACAACGUGUGGUUCAGAAUUUCAACGUUAUAGCCUGGCCUGCCUGUGGCAUAACUAUAACUGUAACAUAGGCUAGUAAGGCCAGACAGAGCUAGAACUAGCUCGCUACUUGGAUGGCUGUCAUGUUACCCUGAAACGCAGGCUCGACUGGAUUCAGGUUGGGUGAAGACACUCCACAUUCUACCCUGAAAAAACACCUUAGUUGCUUUAGCAGUAUGUUUGAGGUCAUUGUUCUGCUGCAAGGUGAAGUACUUCCCCAAUGAGCUUUAGGCAUUUGUUUGAAUCCGAGCAGACAUCUCUGUACACGGCAGAAUUCGUCCUGCUGCUGUCAGCAGUCCCAUCAUCAGUAAAUAUGAGCCAGUUCCAGUGGGAACCAUACAUAACCAAGCCUCAACAUGGCCUUCUUGUCAAUGGCCAGGUAUUCUUUGAACAAUGACUCUUCUUCACUACUUAUGCUGAGAAGCAAUAGGCUUCGAAUGCAAAUGCCAAACAGAAUCACCUAUAGAUACUGUCGUUAGCUCUCUUGUGCAUCAACACACCUGGCCAAUAAAUAUGUGAGCAGCCUAUUGUCUAAUUACUCCAAAUGUAUACAAAAGGUUCAAAUUCCUACAGGUUCCCAGUUUAUGGAGGCAAAUAUCCUGAAAAUGAGUCUGACAGAGCUGGAGUAAAAAGCUAAAACAACAAAACUGGUCACUGUCAAAAUGUGGAUUGCAAUGUACCUCCGUUUAGUGUGUGCAUUUCUGUAUAAAAUAUGAAAUGAAGAUUAUCAGGUUUUGAUUGCUUUAAUAUCAAAAUAAAUGUGUUAUUCAAUGUAUUAUUUUUUCCCAAUUAAAAAAGAGAAUGCAUAAAAUACUGGAACAACACAGUUUCAGAUAGAUGUCAAACAUUUAUUUAUGAUUCAUUAUUAGAUGUUUCUAUCAAUAUGAAGGAACUAAAAAAAAAAAAAAAA